CUACAUUUAGUUUUUGUAAAUGCAGUAGAUGGGACAAAUAUUUCAACCCACACAUAACACAUCAGAAAAGUAGCCUAUGAUUCAGAGUUAAUUGGUUUCAAGGAAAGGAUGGCACAGGUAGAGGAAUCUCACACUGAAGGGGAGAGCAGCCCUCAGAUGGUCUCCUUGAGAUCAGACGUGUCAGUGAGCCAGGGGAAUGAUGGAGAAGUGGGGCCAUCUAUGAGGAGGAAGAGGAGGAAGAAGAAAGAGCCCCGUCCAGAGUCCAUCAUCGURUACCGCUCCGAAAUGGAGAGAGCACCAGGAGAGGAGCAGAGCGGCGAGGAGGGAGGGGAAAGGAGCACAGAGGAGGGAGCAAAGUUCCUGGGAACACCAACAGGAGAAGAAAGGGACUGGAACCUUCCCCCAGACAGCCGCUACGUGACGCUUACUGGCACCAUCACUCGAGGAAAGAAGAAAGGCCAGGUGGUGGACAUUCAUGUCACUUUGACAGAGAGGGAACUCAGGGAUCUGGCCAAGUCAAAGGAGCGUCUUGAUGCGGAGUGUGAGGCUGGGGAAGGGUACAAACGCAAGUGCACCUUAGGAGUGUGCCAGGGACCCCAUGUGGUGCUGUGGAGCAUCUCCUGCGCUCCUGUGGUUUUCCUCCUUUCCUUCAUCACCUCCUUCUACUACGGCACGCUCACCUGGUACAACGUCUUCCUGGUGUACAACGAGGAGCGGACGUUCUGGCACAAGAUUACCAUUUGUCCCUUUCUCAUCAUCUUCUACCCUGUGCUCAUCAUGCCAUUGGCGUUGUCUCUGGCUCUAUACUCAGCCGUGGUGCAGGUGUCCUGGGCCUUCAGUGAGUGGUGGCUGGCGGUGCGAGACCUGGAGAAAGGCUUUUGUGGCUGGGCCUGUGGGAAGCUGGGGCUGGAGGACUGCUCCCCCUACAGCAUUGUGGAGCUGCUCGACUCCGACACGGUUUCUGGGACUCUGCAGAGCAAGGCACCCAGUGAAUUUGCCCAGACGUCAUCAGUUUGAGGCGGGGGCAUUGCUGAUUUGCUGAGCUGUGCAACUGCAUUCAAAGGCCUUUUUCACAUUUUAUCAGGUUACCACCACAAACUUUMAUGGAUUUUAUUUGAGUUUUAUGUGAUUAACCAACAUAACAUCCACCUUUUGUUGCACUUAAAGCUGCAAGUAUUGUAUAUGUUAACCAGUUUUGCAUGUCUAGAGACUUACAUUUUUGUCAAUUCUUAAAACAAUAACUCAAGCUUMGURCGAUUAGACUAACGAACRUUAUCAGURAAUAUUUAUUUUCAAGUCUUUUCACAGAUUCUUUGUUAAUUAUACCUUUGGACUUUGACAACGUCACUCUCACAU